UGCGGGAUUUAUCAUCUUAUUUUAUGUAUCCCCCAGGUAUUGGGAAAGUUGAGUACAAGCCUGAUGCCAGUGCCAGCGAGACCCUUGUAUUCCGCCACUAUGACUCUCAGCAGGAGAUACUUGGCAAGACCAUGGAGGACUGGCUUCGUUUCUCAGUGUGUUACUGGCAUUCCUUCAGGGGAUUGGGUAGUGAUCCAUUUGGCUCUGGAACGAUUAAGCGACCUUGGGAGGAUGAUACUGACUCUUUAAAUAAUGCAAAACGUCGUCUACGUGCUGCAUUUGAAUUCUUCUCCAAGUUAGGCAACAAAUAUUGGACCUUCCAUGACCGUGACUUGGCCCCCGAGGGUGAAACACUAGCAGAAACCAACUCCAAUUUAGAUGAAGUAAUAGACCUGGCUGCAGGACUACAAAAGAAGACUGGUGUUAAGCUCUUGUGGGCUACCUGUAACCUUUUCUCUCAUCCGAGGUACAUGCAUGGUGCUGGGACAAGCUGCGAUGCCCAUGUGACUGCUUUUGCUGCUGCUCAAUUAAAAAAAGGACUGGAAGUUGCUGUGAGACUGGGAGCUGAGAACUUUGUUUUCUGGGGAGGUCGUGAGGGCUACCACUCACUACUGAACACUGACGUUAAGGCUGACCUUGACCACCUCGCUGCCUUCUACAACAUGGCUAUUGCCUACAAGGAGAAGAUUGGUUUCAAAGGACAGUUCUUGAUUGAACCAAAAGCCAAGGAACCCACACGUCACCAGUAUGACUUUGAUGCCCAGACAGUGAUGUCCUUCCUGCAUCAAUAUGGACUCACAAAACAUUUCAAGCUCAACAUUGAACCCAACCACACCACUCUAGCUGGCCACCCAUACGAACAUGAUGUUAUCUUCUCAUCUGCGUAUGGCAUGCUUGGGAGUGUUGAUGCCAACACUGGAUCGCCAGACUUGGGCUGGGACACAGAUCAGUUCCCAAUGGAUAUUCGGAGCUGUACCAUGGUCAUGAGGACAGUGGUAGAACAGGGAGGAAUUGCACCUGGUGGAUUGAACUUUGACGCUAAAGUUCGUCGUGAGUCCACUGAGCUGCGUGAUCUCUUUAUUGCCCAUGCUGGUGCCAUGGAUUCUUUUGCCAGAGGUCUCAAAAAUGCUGCCAAUAUCAUCUCUGAGGGAGUUUUACAGAAGUCUCUCAAU